AUGGACAUGCUGGUGAACGAAGAGCAACAGUCCUUUGAAGCUAUGGCCGCCACUGCGUUUCCUGGGUUUGGGACUAGAUUCGAGGAUGUGACGGACGUCUUUGAGGAUGCUGUAUCUGGAGUGUGGGAUGUGGAGUGCUUACUUGCGGUGUUGUUGCAGAUUGGUGAACCGAGGUUGGAUACGGGGUAUAUUGGCGACACUCCUCCGAUGCCGUUCAACCCACUCGAACCGAUGCUGCCCGAGGAAAUAUGCUGGAUUUUGGAUAAAGCGCUCGGUUACGAGAUGGAAUGGCACGCCGGGAAACUCCUACCACACACCAUCUUCACGCUCCAAUAUGUCCAUUGUCUAACGGAUAUCGAACCGGAUAUGAUGUCUUGGAAAAUCCUGUCGGACGUGGACCACACCCGCCCGCUCGAACUCGUCACCGUCGUGUUGGGGUCGUGCGUCCAAGCGCUCCUAAAGUGCUGCGACUUGACUUGGAACGAGAUGCAGAAUAACGAGAUGAUCCAUGAUACGGAAGAUUGGCAAAGCGAUAAAUGCGAAGUACCGGUUCUAGAAAACCUGCCUGUGAAGUACUUCGAGUCUAGACUAGAACAAGCCGCGACAUGGGUCGAGUUCUCCGACCGCAUCCCGCCAAAAUGGAAACAACCCCUCAUCGCACGAAUCCGCCUCCGCAAGACCCUCCUAGAACUUUUCAACCUCGAACCAACUAAGAACCGCUCACAGUACCAAUCCCUCCUCGACGACGCCCAAACAUUCAUCACCGACAUCACCUCCCAGCCUCCUCCCACUCUCUCACCCUCCUCCCCUGCGUACCUGGUAUUUGACCCGUACAUCUCGCGAAGGUUGAAUACCUGCGUUCCGGUGCGCGUGAUACCCACCCCCACGCAUGAGGAGACGUGGAAGGCGCUUGGCGCGUUUUUGGAGGGCUUGAGGGAGCUUAGUUUGUUGGUGGAUAGACCGUGUUUGGCGACGUGGGAGUCUGUGGGUAAACUACGCGUUUGGCUAUCGGAUGCUCCUCGACCUGCGUAUGUGCGGUCUCUCACCCAGAGCUCGUUCUAUAACGGCAUCCUCGUCCUCGACCAACACACCUUCUCCUGGGCUCUCGACAAACUAUUCGAAGAACGAAUCGGGGUUUCGUGGUCUACUAUCCGCGAUCUGGUCACGAAUGGCGGGUGGACGAGGGCGGCCCCGCCGCCGUUGGCUUCGAUUGACCGGAAGAUGUAUCGGCUCCUGACAAGCCAUAUCAAACUCAACUGGUCGAACCUCUCGAGGAUGCGUCGGAAGCUUAUGAAACUUGUUGUUGAGUGGCAUUUGGUGUAUGAUUGGUGUGUGGAUUUGGUUGAAGGGCUCAGUGAUAAGAUCCCGCAAACCCACAUCAUCCGCAAGCUCCCCGAAACCAUCCUCACCUUCCGCCUCGAAUCUAUCCGCGAGAUCAUCCUCACCGGGUUCCAAUUAGAAUUAUACGCGGCUUAUGAACGCCCAUUUGCGUAUUGGUAUUUGAGUGUUGUUGAGGGGAGGUUGAGGGAGUGUUAUGAGUGUGUUUUGGGGGUGUUGGAGCAAGAUUCAGCGCCGUACAAGGAUAUGCAGUUUAAACUCCAGCUGUCGAAAGCUAUCCAGGGCUUGGCGAAGGGUUCUCUGCUGGCCACCCUCCCCUCCCAAACCCCCGACUGGGACGCCCUCCGACCCAACUUUUUCAAACGCUACAAAUGGGCUUUCAGACCUGACUAUGAUAUUACCACUUCUCAUCCCGUUGCGCACCCUGAGAUGGAGGAUUUUAUGGUGUUUUGUGAGGAGGUUGUAGCGAUGGGGGAUAAGAUCAACCCUCGCCAGUACGUCGACACGGCUAGGGGUAUCUUGGAGGAGAUGGUCGAGGGGAAGAGUGUCUCGCCUUGGGUUAGUGGGGAGGAUACGUGGUGCGAGGCGACAUCUCAGUUCAUACGCGGAUUGAAAGAUGCGUGCGACCGCCUGGCCGAGCUCCCGACUUCACUUGCUGCGAUGGAUAGUUUUGAUCUCAAGAGGUUGAGGUGGGAUGUUGGGAGGGGUUCGGGUCUGUGGUUCCCUGCGAUCGAGCCGGAAAAGGAGGAGUGA